AUGGCAGCUGUCGAUCCGCGCCUCGAUCUCAUCAGCAAAUCAAUUAGGGUCGUACCCGACUUCCCUAAGGCUGGCAUUCAAUUCCAGGAUGUGACUACCAUCCUCUUGAAUCCCGAAGCCUUCCAAGCGACCACAGACCUGCUUGUGGAACAUUACAGAGAUCAGCAUAUCGAUGUUGUCGCAGGAUUUGAGGCCCGAGGUCUGAUCUUUGGAGCCCCGCUGGCCUUGGCUCUGAAGGUCCCCUUUGUCCCUCUGCGGAAACCCGGCAAGCUCCCAGGCACGCGCAGUGCCACCGUGUCUGUGGAGUACAAAACCGAGUACUCUGUCGACAAGAUCGAGAUGCACAUUGGUGCUGUCAAGGAGGGCCAGCGUGUACUCCUGGUGGAUGACCUCAUCGCCACCGGUGGAACCCUUGUUGCUGGGGCCGAGCUGGUGAGGAAGGUGGGUGCAAUUCCAGUCGAAGCUGCAUGCGUCAUCGAGCUGCCGGAGCUGGAGGGCCGGAGUAAGUUGGAUGGACUGCCCUUGUUUGUUCUUGUUGAGAAGGCUGGCAUCUGA